AUGGCUCCACAGACCGGCUCCACCGAGAAGAAGACGCGACCUGUUUCAGCCUUUCCCCAGCUUUUCACUUGGGAAGAGAUCAGAAUCCACAACGGCCGCGGUCAAGGUCGGGAGCAAUGGCUGGUGAUCGACAGGAAGGUUUACGAUGUCACCACGUUCGCCAAACGGCACCCGGGAGGCAGCCGAGUUAUCAGCCAUUACGCUGGGCAAGACGCCACGGAUGCCUUUGUAGCAUUUCACAGUGAUAAGUCUCUGGUGAACAAAUACUUGAAGUCUCUGCUGAUUGGGGAGUUGCCUCCGGAUCAACCCAGCUUUGAAUCCAACAAAAAAAAAUCACUUUUAGAGGAUUUUCGUGAGCUGCGCUGCACUAUUGAGAAGAUGGGACUUCUGAGGCCAAAUUACACCUUUUUCUUCCUGAUUUUCCUCCACCUCCUGGUACUGGAUGUGGCAUCCUGGCUUGUGGUCUGGUACUUUGGGAUAUCCUUAGUGCCGUUCGUGAUUGGCAUGGCGUUCUUCACCACUGCUCAGAUCCAGAUGGGCUGGUUCCAACAUGAUCUUGGGCACUGCUCUGUCUUCAGGAAGCCUAAAUGGAAUCGACUUCUGCAGAUCAUUGUGAUAAAUGUUCUGAAGGGGUUACCUGCCAGCUGGUGGAACCACCUGCACAACCAGCACCAUGCCAAACCCAACUGCUUCCGCAAAGACCCCGACCUCAACAUGCACCCUCUCCUCUUCAGCUUGGGAAAGACACUCUCCGUGGAGCUUGGAAAAAAGAAGAAGAAGUUCAUGCCUUACCAUUAUCAGCACAAGUAUUUCAUCUUAUUGGCCCCACUUGCUCUCGUGCCCUUCUUCCAGCUGUCUAUAUUCUACUUUGCAAUCAAGAGGAAAAAGUGGUUGGACUUGUUAUUGGUUGUGUCUUUCAACAUCCGAGUCUGUCUCAUGUAUAUUCCUUUAAUGGGAUUUAACAACUUCAUGGUGUACUACUGGCUGUCCAGGUAUCUAGAGAGUACCUGGUUCAUUUGGGUGUCGCAGAUGAAUCACAUUCCAAUGGAUAUUGAUUAUGAUAAGAACAAAGACUGGGUAUCUACUCAGCUCCAUGCAACAUGCAAUGUGAACCAAUCCUUUUUCAAUGACUGGUUUACCGGGCACUUGAACUUCCAAAUUGAGCACCACCUUUUCCCCACAAUGCCUCGACACAACUACUGGAAGGCAGCUCCUCUGGUGAAAGCCCUCUGUGAUAAGCAUGGCAUUGAGUAUAAAAGCAAGACGCUACUGACAGCCUUUGUAGAUAUCUUGCAUUCACUGAAGGAUUCUGGGGAGCACUGGCUUGAAGCAUAUCUGCAUGGAUAGAAACUGGCAAGUCUCAAAUGGAACCUCUUUACCAGACAAUGGCUGCAAAGAGUCAGCACAGACCAUCAGUGUGUUUGUGUCUUCUGGUAUAGAAACAUGGGAAGUGGUCAAAGCUAAUUUCAGUAAGAAUGGGUGGGAAAGUGGGUUAAAGAUAUGUUUUUUUUCUUGUUCCCAGCCAUGAACCUCUAUUUUUCCUGCUCUCAAACUCAGCAUUUAGAGGUGUGAGGAACUGGGCCUUCAAAACAGGGAGAAGUAGCUCUUGAUAAAUCUUGAA